AGCCCCCCAAACUCCUUAUAUCGGUGCAUUAUGUCAUGUGUCCGUACAGUGCCGGCUCUCCGGCUGCGUGGACCCAAGAGCUAGCACUCUAUGUGAGGACACUGGACUAUGACUGCAGCUUGUCCUGGCUCCAUCUGUGUGCUUGUGUAGAGUGCCAGCUCUUGGGCUCACAUCUGGAAUUACCUUAUUGCGGAGAGGAUUAGUGUGUGUGCAGAUGUAGCAGAGCUGAGUUUGUUAUCCGGCCCAUCCCCCGUGCCUUUACAUAGGACUGCCAGUAAACGCGCAGAAUUGUACAAUGGUUCUGCGGCUUUCUGAAAUACUUUUAAUGUCUCAAUCUCUGCAUGCUGUCAGUGAACGGGAUGACCCGGAAAGCGUGAAUACAUUGUCGCAAAUCCAGCAGCUGGGAGAAGUGUCAGCGGAUGCGUCGGAGCAUGCUGGGAGUUGUAGUGUUUCCCUCUAGACUUCUCUCUCCUCUUCUCAUUACAGUGGUUCUGAGACUACAACUCCCAGCAAGCUUUGCUCCCUUCUGGAUGCGACGGCGACAAACCCUCAGCUGGUUUUUAGCCUUGCAUUCACUGACAGCAAGCAGAGCUCUUACAAGGAAUGAGGAAUUGAAAUGCAAAGUCUAUGAGAGAGUUCUGAUGGCCGCGGGGGGUCUCUGCCAACGUCUUCAAGAACAUGGUGAAGGAAACGGCGUAUUAUGACAUUCUGGGGGUCCCUCCCGCCGCUUCCUCCGAUGAGAUAAAGCGGGCGUUCCGGCGCCUGGCGUUGAAGUAUCACCCGGACAAGAACCCCAAUGCCGGCGAAAAGUUCAAACAGAUAUCCAAAGCCUACGAGAUUCUGUCAGAUUCCCGCCAGAGAGACCUGUACGACCGCGGGGGGGAGUCGGCGCUGAGAGACGGUGGUGGGAGGGAACAUCAUGGCUCCCCCAUGGACAUAUUCAGCGUCUUCUUUGGCGGCUCCAGAAGUCAACCCCGGGGGGACAGGAAAGGGAAGACGGUCACCCACCAUCUCCCGGUCUCCUUGGAGGAUCUGUACAACGGGGCCACGCGGAAGCUGUCCCUCCAGAAGAACGUUGUCUGCCCAAAGUGUAAAGGCUGCGGGGCCCGGCACGGGGCAGCGAUUCAGUGCUCCAAGUGUGGCGGGAGCGGCAUAGAAAGACACAUCCUGGCGCAAAUGCCCGGGCUUGUGCACUCCCUGCAGAAAACGUGCUCCGAGUGCCACGGGAAAGGCGAGAACAUCCAGUCGCGAGAUCGCUGCCGCGUUUGCAGUGGCAGGAAGGUGAUCAGGGAGAAGAAGAUCUUAACCGUGCACAUAGACAAAGGUAUGAAGACCAGACAUAAGCUGAUCUUUCAAGGGGAGGGAGACCAGUCGCCAGGCCUUCACCCCGGAGACGUCAUCAUCGCCCUGGUGCAGAAGGAGCACCCGCUUUUCCAGAGGAAUGGUGACGAUCUGAUAAUGAGCAUGGAGAUCGGGUUGGCAGACGCCCUGUGUGCCUGCAGGCAGAAGGUCCAGACUCUGGAUGGAAGGACAAUCCUGGUCACGUCUCAGCCGGGUAAAGUGAUCCGGCCUGGGGACAUCAGGUGUAUUCCUAAAGAAGGAAUGCCCGUGUAUCGAGCCCCGUUCGAGAAGGGGAAUCUCAUCAUCCACUUUAAGGUGAAGUUCCCCGAUCCCGGCUGGCUUCCUGUAGAAAACCUCAACCAGCUACAAGAAUUAUUUCCAUCCCUACCUCGGCCAUCUCUCCCAGAAGACACAGAGGAGGUGACCUUGUCCAACUAUGACCCUCAUGAAGACCACAAACAUCAAGGCAGAAAAGAAGCCUACGAGGAAGACCGAAAUGAGUCUUACCAUCAUCCAAUGCAAUGCCAAACCUGCUAGUUUUCUGCCAGGGAUCAGUCCUAGAACUCCAUGUGAAGACAGUCCUGAGAUGGUGGUGGCCGUGAAAGCCACUUUCUGAAACGUUGUCUCCUGUAGGCGCAUCUCCUCCAGUCUUCUCCUGGAGAUCAAAGGCUUUAGGCCUGGCUUCUCCAAUCAACCAGAGUCCACUGCCCUCAUGGUGCUACGUCUUCAAGGUGCACAAUAAAAGGUCUGGGGUGGUCUGUAGGUCACCUGUAAACAGGCCUUCUUGUUGGACCUGUUUAACCCUUCAUAGCACUUUAGGACAAGUGAGCGAUUUUGAAGGCCAGAACUUAAAAGGGCUUCCAAGGAGCCCGCUCUAUACUACAGCGUGUGGUCGCUCACCACUUUUGAUCAACUAACACAACCUCGCUUUUAUUUAUUUCUGUCUGGAAGAAGCAUUCCACCGCACAACGGGGUCUCCUGAGCCAAUGGAACAGAAGAAGUCUACCGGUGAUCUCCAACCAGGAGGAUCCACUGCCUUAGACUCUUGUAGGUUCAUAGGAUGGACUACAUGAACCUUAAGCUGCUCCGGUUUACCCACCUCUCCCCGAAGUGCAAUACUGCUGAUUUCAGCAGCAACCAGAGAAGCUCCUGGUCCGGAGGGAUCUUCAUCUGAUCCCACCGUGCUUUAAGUUCUUACAAUGUGAAUAAAUUUUGGGUUUAUUACA